CCUCUUUCUUCUUUUCACUUUCACUUUUGGCUUCAUAUUUGAAAAAAAAAGACAUGUUAGACGAAGGAUAUCCUGCCACAGUUUGGUCGGCGAUAGGCUUAGCGGGAGUGGCUUGCAUAAGUUCAGUGGUACUAUCGACACAACGUCGUUAUUAUCAGAAAACAGUUUCACUACAAUAUGGAAAAGACCCUUCAUCUAUAAAAUUGGAUCACAUUCGAGACUACAAGGUACCAUUUGAUGAUAGUUCUAGACUUACACGGUUACUAUUUGGAACAAUGGUGAUGACAGCUAUUAGUGCUUACGACCUGUAUGAAGCGGUAAUUCAAUUAUCUAACAAUAACAAACAUGGCAGUGCAACGGUGUCCACUAUUAUUUCCACAGCGCUUGUGCUUAUAGCAUGGAUUUACAUACUUGCUCUUUCUGUAAACUCAAGAAGAUAUAGACUGCCUAAUCAAUGGGGAUGGAUUCUCAAUAUUCAUUUGUUUAUUUUCUAUAUGAUGUCAUUAUUCGUGUCACUUUACCGUCUUUGGGAUUCAUUCCGAUUAUUCCAUAGUCAGCUUUCGCUUGCCCAAGGUCUUCCUCUUGUGCUGGGCAUAAUUUUUUCAUUAGAUCUAUUUUAUAGUACCGGCUCCAUUGAUCAAGGGCCCCCUUUCUUUGAAGGGGAAGAUGAUGGCGAUAAAACUCCAGUAGCAGGCCUUACAGUAGCAUCCAUAUUUAGUAUUUUGUAUUUUAAUUGGGCUACCCCUAUUAUUGACAGUGUAAACACAAAUGCUCAGCAUGUUCUGCUGCCAAGUUUACCACAUAGCUUCAGAUCCUAUAAUCUAUAUUACAUUUUUAGAGAAGAACGUAAAAAAUCUCUCAUAUAUCGUUUAGUGCAUGCAAACAGAUCCGCUAUCAUCAUGCAAUCGGUGUGUACUAUCAUUGCAGCUGGUCUAUACUAUGGUCCGGCAUUUUUUCUAAACAAGUUUCUAAAUUUGAUUCAAGAUAUGGAUGCGGGAAAAGAGGAUGAAUUCUAUUUUAUUAAAGGCGUGAUUAUAGUAUCGGGUUUAUCAUUAUCACUUGUGAUUCUGAGUAUAGUUGUGGGACAGCUCUAUUAUUUGAGUUCUUCCUCAUUACGAGUACGAAUGAAAGGCAUGUUGAAUUUGGAAAUUUAUCGAAAAACACUUCGACGUAUGGAUGUUCCAGAUAUGGCAAGAGAUACAGGCUCAAUUGACGAUAAGAAGACAAGCACGACUGGGGAGACUGGUAACACAACAACAGGUACAAUUGUAAACUUAAUGAGCACAGAUUCCCAGCGUAUAUCAGAUUUUACGACAUCCUGGUUUACAAUCAUCGAAGCACCCAUAGAAUUAUUCGUCGGAAUCACCUUUCUUUACUCAUUGCUGGGUUCUUCCUGCCUAUUAGGCCUAUCGGUCAUGAUUAUAACAUUGCCCUUAAACCACUAUAAUUCGGUUUUCUUUGCGCAAACCCAAGAAAAGUUAAUGGAAGCUCGUGACAGACGUGUCUCUCUUAUGAAUGAAGUAUUACAAGGUAUUCGCCAAAUUAAAUUUUUUGCUUGGGAAUUGAGUUGGGAAAAACGUGUAUUGGAGGCAAGAAACGAAGAAAUUAGACAUUUGAAGAAGACCUAUAUUAGCGAAGUUUUAUUCAACUUCUUAUGGCAAGGAACACCGCUUUUGGUUACGAUCGUAUCGUUUUAUUCUUUUACAAAAAUCCAAGGUCAACAAUUGACUGCUCCUAUUGCGUUUACUGCCAUAACUAUCUUUACAGAGCUAAGAUCUGCAUUAAAUAGUUUGCCGGAGACCUUUGUUGAUAUUCUUCAAGCUCUAAUCAGUGUUCGACGUAUUGAAUCCUAUUUGGACGAAGAAGAAAUUUCUCCGCCUUCAACUAACCUGGACCCUAACUGCAGGGUAAGGAUUGGGUUUCGAAAUGCCACAGUUUCUUGGACUGAUGUACCACAUGUUGAUGAAGGGAACGAUGUAUUAGAUGACAAUAGUCAUCUUAGCCUACCCAGUCACAUCAAUGAUGUGUUACCUCGUGCUGCUUCUACGGCUGAAUUUACUAUAACUCCAUCGACAUUUGAAGAGGCUGAUACUUUCUUGCUCCACAAUCUUGAUGCCCAUUUUCCUAACGGUGAACUCAGUAUUAUAUGUGGCGCAACUGGAUCAGGAAAAACAUUAAUGCUUCUGAGUUUAUUGGGAGAAACAACUCUUUUGGAAGGUGAAAGUUUUUGUCCUAGAACUGCUGUUUCUGAUACACUGGUAAACAAUACGGACCGAGUAGGUACAAUUAACAAAAGAGACUGGAUAUUGGAUCAUGCAGUAGCCUAUGUAUCUCAAACUGCUUGGUUACAAAAUGAUUCGAUUCGUGAAAACAUCCUGUUUGGUCUACCUAUGAUAAAAAAACGUUAUGACGAUACAUUGUACGCUUGCUCUCUGGAUAAAGACAUGAAUAUUUUAGAAGAUGGUGAUAUGACGGAAGUCGGAGAGAAGGGUAUUACACUAUCUGGAGGUCAAAAAGCUCGUGUUGCGUUAGCUCGUGCGGUUUAUUCAAGGGCUAAAAAUGUGCUACUGGACGAUGUACUUAGUGCUGUCGAUGCUCAUACGGCCAGGCAUAUCCAGAACAAAUGUCUCCUUGGCCCCUUGAUGAAAGGUCGCACAAGAAUUCUUGUUACCCAUCAUCUUGGUUUAUGUAUUCCCGAAGCUGCCUAUGUUGUACAUUUAGAGAAUGGCCGUAUAAAUCUUUGUGGCUCACCUGAAAAACUAGAAGCAGAUGGUACCUUAAAAACCAUUUUGGAUGAUGUUGUAGGCAUUACAGAUGAAGACAAUCAUUCAGAAACAAGCGAAAGAGAGCCUGUAACAGUCACCACCGAAUCGACUUUAGUUAGUUUGGAUUCUAUAUUGCUUAAGAACGCAGUAAAAGACAAAGCACCUCCUAGGGUUUUGAUACAGGAAGAGACUCGUGUGGUUGGUCACAUCAAAGCUAAACUGUAUGCAAUGUAUUUACGUGCGGUCGGAAAUCCAUGGUACUGGUGUAUUGUAAUGAGUUUUGUGUUUGGCUCACGCGGACUUGAUGUAGCAGAAAGCUGGUGGAUCAAAAAAUGGGUGCAUUCCAGUGAAUCGUCCAGUAAUGGAACUUUAAUAUCGGCGAUGGGAAACUUUCCUUUAUUAAUGAAUCCAUCAAAUUUACCUUCCACUAUCGAAAAUAGUUUUAGUACAACCACAGCCGGUACUUAUUCGGAAGCUUUUAUAAAAGAUGCUGGUAGCGAUCAACUGGAUAUGUACCUAAAUAUCUAUAUGCUGAUCACCAUGACAAAUAUACUGAUUGGUGCUGGCCGCUUUGCAAGUCUUUACUAUGGUACAUUAAGAGCUAGUAAAACUAUUUAUCAAAUUUUACUUCGUCGUGUGUUACGCGCUCCAAUGCGUUUCUUUGAUACAACACCUAUUGGUCGUAUUCUUAACCGGUUUUCAAAAGAUUUCGAGUAUAUUGAUUCCGGUGUGCCAAAUGAUAUUAUGUAUUUUAUCGUCCAAUGGUUAGUUAUUUUUACCUCGAUUCUGACGGUAUGUGUUGUGCUGCCUGCAUUUGUUAUUCCUAUGAUUUUGGUAACGUUUUUGAACGUUAUGAUUGGUAAAAGGUACAGUGCUGCAUCGCGAGAACUUAGACGCAUGGACUCUGUGACAAGGUCGCCGUUAUUUUCACAUUUUGGUGAAACCUUGGCGGGAGUUGUUACAAUUCGUGCAUAUGGCGCAACACAGCAAUUUAUGAACGAAAUGCUUAGAAAAAUUGAUGAAAAUUCAAGACCUUACUAUUAUGUUUGGAUUAGUAAUCGGUGGGUGGCAAUUCGUUUUUCAUCGCUCGGUGCGGCUGUCAACUUUUGUACUGGUAUUUUUAUUUUAUUAAGUUUGGACUUUAUGGACGCCUCACUUGCCGGCUUUUGUCUGAGCUUUGUCUUGUCUUACACCUCACAGAUGACGAUGGCUAUUAAACGAUAUACGCGUCUUGAAAUGAGUUUUAAUGCAGUUGAAAGAAUUGUCGAAUAUAUGGAAAUCGAUCAAGAAGCAUUAGCGAUUACGGACCUGAGGCCUCCUUUGGAGUGGCCCAGUCAAGGAGUAAUCGAAGUCAAGAAUCUUGUGGUUCGGUACGCUCCUGGUUUAGAUCCCGUUUUAAAAGGCCUUACAUUCUCUGUCAAACACCGAGAAAAAAUUGGGGUUGUAGGCAGAACAGGUAGCGGAAAAUCGACGCUAGCUCUAUCUUUUUUUCGAUUUGUUGAACCUUCAGAAGGCAGUAUUACUAUAGACGAGAUUGAUAUCUGCGACAUUGGUACUCAAGAUCUUCGUAGUAAUUUGACAAUUAUUCCACAGGAUCCUGUGUUAUUUUCUGGAAGUUUACGGUCAAAUGUAGAUCCCUUUGACGAAUUUGACGAAGAAAGCGUAAUUGCUGCAUUGAAACGCGUGGAAUUAAUUCCGGCGGACAUUGAUUCCUCAUGUCAUGAUGAAAGCAUGGAAGAUUUAAACUUUAACAUAUUUUCUGAUCUCUCCAGCCCUGUCAGCGAAGGAGGCUUAAAUUUUUCUCAAGGGCAAAGACAACUCAUUUGUCUUGCUCGUGCCCUUUUAAAAAAAAAUCGCAUCGUAUUUAUGGAUGAAGCCACGGCUAGUGUCGAUUUCGAAACUGAUGAAGCGAUUCAAAAAACAAUUGCUACAGAGUUUGCGGAUUGUACUAUUUUGUGCAUUGCACAUCGACUCCGCACAGUAAUAGAAUAUGACAGGAUUCUGGUAUUGGAUGAUGGAGAAAUCGCGGAAUUUGCAAGCCCUUUAGAUUUGUUGAACACGCCGAAUUCCUUAUUCAAGAAAAUGUGUGAAAAUUCGGGAGAAUAUGAAGCACUUCUUGCUCUAGCCAAAGAAAAACAUCAACUCGUUGAUAUUAUGUAAAUAAUAAUAAAAUAAAUGAUACGCUUUUGUGUGAUACGUUGUGCGAUUGUUAUGUCAUUUAAUAUCAGUACACAUGGAAACUUGAUUUAUAUAAACUUUGAUCAACAAGUCAAACUUUGCAUAUGUGUAACUUAUUUCAACUGAGAUAUG